AUCAGAAUUCAGAGGGUAUAUAUGUACAAGUAAAAUUGAUUUGCAUAUCAAACCGCCUGUUUAAAAACAAGAUAAAAGGGGCUAGUAUGUCGCGGCUUCAGUUUUAGGGUUCUCAUUCUCACUCUUUCAGAUCUCGGAGCAGUCGGUACGGUCACUUCGGCUUAUUGACAUCCAUAAACUUCCAUUUGUGGGGUUUUCGGGGGUUUGAGCCAAGGAGAUUUCGUGGGUUAAGUGUUUGAGGAAUUGUCUGACAGAGAUUAGGUGUUAUUUUGGUGAUUUUGAGGUAUGGCGAAUUUGGGGGGUGGUGCGGAAGCGCACGCUCGGUUUAAGCAGUAUGAGUAUAGGGCUAAUUCGAGUUUGGUGUUGACGACGGACUCGAGGCCUAGGGAUACUCAUGAGCCUACUGGGGAACCUGAGUCAUUAUAUGGGAAGAUUGAUCCUAAGAGCUUUGGGGAUCGGGCGUUUAGGGGGAAACCUGCUGAGCUUGAGGAGAAGAUGAAGAAAGCUAAGAAGAAGAAAGAGAGGGAGCCGUUGGAUGCAGAGGCUGUGCCUAGGCAGAGUAAGAGGAGGAGGCUGCAGGAGGAGAGUGUUUUGACGACGACGGAUGAAGGGGUUUAUCAGCCAAAAACAAAGGAGACUAGGGCGGCUUAUGAGGCUAUGCUCAGUGUUAUUCAACAGCAGUUAGGUGGGCAGCCUUUGAAUAUUGUGAGUGGGGCGGCGGAUGAGAUUUUGGCUGUUUUGAAGAAUGACACGUUUAAGAAUGUGGAUAAAAAGAAGGAGAUUGAGAAGUUGUUGAAUGAGAUACCGAAUGCUAUGUUUGAUCAGCUGGUGUCAAUUGGGAGGCUUAUUACGGAUUAUCAAGAUGGGGGUGGUGAUGCUGCUGGGACUGGUGGUGCUGCAGACGGGGAUGAUGCUCUUGAUGAUGAUGUGGGUGUAGCGGUUGAGUUUGAGGAGAAUGAAGAGGAGGAGGAAGAGAGUGAUCUUGAUAUGGUACAGGAUGAUGAAGAUGAUGAGGAUGAUUUAGCAGAUGGGCAUGGAUCAGGAGCUAUGCAGAUGGGUGGUGGGAUUGAUGAUGAUGAAGGGAUGGAAGCAAAUGAGGGAAUGACGUUGAAUGUUCAGGACAUUGAUGCUUAUUGGCUUCAGAGGAAGAUUUCUCAGGCUUAUGAGCAGCAGAUUGAUCCACAGCAGAGCCAAAAGCUUGCAGAAGAGGUAUUGAAGAUCCUAGCUGAAGGUGAUGAUAGAGAAGUUGAAACCAAGUUAUUGGUGCAUCUUCAGUUUGAUAAGUUUAAUCUCAUCAAGUAUUUGUUGAAGAAUCGGAUGAAAAUAGUGUGGUGUACCCGUCUGGCGAGGGCAGAAGACCAAGAGGAAAGGAAAAAAAUUGAAGAGGAAAUGACGCAGUUGGGCCCAGACUUGGCUGCUAUUCUGGAGCAGCUGCAUGCUACCAGGGCAACUGCAAAAGAGAGACAAAAGAACUUGGAGAAAAGCAUCAGGGAAGAAGCUCGCAGGUUGAAGGAUGAGAGUGGAGGUGAUGUGGACCGGGGUCGAAGGGGUAUAUCAGAUAGAGAUGCAGAUGGUGGGUGGUUGAACGGUCAGCGUCAGUUACUUGAUCUGGAAAGCCUUGCAUUUAACCAAGGUGGUCUUCUGAUGGCCAAUAAAAAGUGCGAGCUUCCUCUGGGUUCUUAUAGGAACCACAAUAAGGGAUAUGAAGAGGUUCAUGUACCAGCUUUGAAACCAAAACCGCUUGCUGAGGGUGAAAAGCUGAUUAAGAUAUCUGAAAUGCCAGACUGGGCUCGACCAGCUUUUGAAGGAAUGUCCCAGUUGAAUAGGGUUCAGAGCAAAGUUUAUGACACAGCUCUGUUCUCUGCUGAAAAUCUUUUGCUCUGUGCUCCUACAGGAGCUGGUAAGACAAAUGUUGCAAUGCUUACAAUACUUCAGCAAAUUGCAUUGAAUAGGAAUGCAGAUGGUUCAUUCAAUCACAGCAACUACAAGAUUGUUUAUGUGGCUCCAAUGAAAGCACUGGUGGCAGAAGUUGUUGGGAAUCUGUCUAACCGUUUGAAGCAGUAUGAUGUUAAUGUGAAGGAGCUGAGUGGAGAUCAGACAUUGACUCGCCAGCAAAUUGAAGAAACUCAGAUAAUUGUCACGACGCCAGAAAAGUGGGAUAUCGUAACCAGAAAAUCAGGUGAUCGCACUUACACACAGCUUGUGAAACUUCUAAUAAUUGAUGAGAUCCAUCUUUUACAUGACAACAGAGGACCUGUAUUGGAGAGCAUAGUUGCAAGGACUGUUAGGCAGAUUGAGACAACAAAAGAGCAUAUUCGGCUUGUUGGGUUAUCUGCUACACUCCCCAAUUAUGAGGACGUGGCUCUGUUCCUUCGAGUUGAUUUAAAGAGAGGUCUCUUUCAUUUUGACAAUAGUUAUCGACCUUGCCCUUUAGCUCAACAGUAUAUUGGUAUCACAGUAAAGAAACCAUUGCAGAGGUUUCAGUUGAUGAAUGAUGUAUGUUAUGAGAAGGUAAUUGGUGUAGCUGGUAAGCAUCAGGUCCUCAUUUUUGUGCACUCGAGGAAAGAAACUGCAAAAACUGCUCGCGCCAUACGAGAUUCAGCACUAACCAAUGACACUGUUAGCAGAUUUUUGAAAGAGGAAAGUGCCACUCGUGAAAUUCUACGCGAGCAUACUGAGCUUGUUAAGAGCAGUGAUCUCAAGGAUCUUUUUCCAUAUGGAUUUGCUAUCCAUCAUGCAGGUAUGAACAGGGGUGACCGGCAGCUUGUUGAGGAGCUGUUCGCUGAUGGUCAUGUACAAGUACUGGUUUCUACAGCAACUCUUGCUUGGGGUGUUAAUUUACCUGCCCAUACUGUCAUCAUUAAAGGAACCCAGGUAUACAAUCCUGAAAAAGGAGCAUGGACUGAACUAAGUCCUCUGGAUGUCAUGCAGAUGCUUGGUCGAGCAGGUAGGCCUCAAUAUGAUACUUAUGGAGAGGGAAUAAUAAUAACUGGACAUAGUGAAUUGCAGUAUUAUCUUUCUUUAAUGAAUCAACAGCUUCCCAUUGAGAGCCAGUUUGUGUCCAAACUGGCUGAUCAACUUAAUGCAGAGAUUGUGCUCGGUACUGUGCAGAAUGCCAAAGAAGCCUGCAACUGGCUUAGUUAUACAUACCUGUAUGUUCGCAUGUUACGUAAUCCUACUUUGUAUGGUUUGGCUCCUGAUGCUUUGAGUAAAGACUUGUUACUAGAAGAGAGAAGAGCUGAUCUGGUUCAUACUGCGGCGACAACAUUAGACAAAAACAAUCUGAUCAAGUAUGACCGGAAAAGUGGAUACUUUCAGGUCACUGACUUGGGCCGCAUUGCUAGUUACUAUUACAUAACUCAUGGGACGAUCACUACCUACAAUGAGCAUUUGAAACCGACAAUGGGAGAUAUUGAGCUUUGUCGGUUGUUCUCUCUCAGUGAAGAAUUUAAAUACGUAACUGUGAGACAAGAUGAGAAGAUGGAGUUGGCAAAACUUUUAGACCGCGUUCCCAUUCCCAUAAAGGAAAGCCUUGAAGAACCUAGUGCCAAGAUUAAUGUUUUGUUGCAAGCUUAUAUUUCACAGCUUAAGCUUGAAGGAUUAUCUUUAACGUCUGACAUGGUUUAUAUCACUCAGAGUGCUGGACGUCUAAUGCGAGCUCUUUUUGAGAUCGUUUUGAAACGUGGAUGGGCUCAGUUGACUGAGAAGGCCUUAAACUUGUGCAAAACAGUGAACAAGAGAAUGUGGAGUGUACAAACACCUCUUCGUCAAUUUCAUGGAUUUCCAAAUGAGAUUUUGAUGAAAAUGGAGAAAAAAGAUCUGGCUUGGGAAAGAUAUUAUGAUCUCUCCUCACAUGAGCUAGGAGAGCUCAUUCGACAAAGAAAUAUGGGAAAAAUGCUGCACAGGUGUAUUCAUCAGUUUCCAAAACUUGUUCUGGCUGCUCAUGUUCAGCCCAUUACUCGCACUAUAUUGAAGGUUGAACUCACAAUCACCCCCGACUUCCUGUGGGAAGAUAAGUUCCAUGGAUAUGUAGAGCCAUUUUGGGUUUUUGUGGAAGAUAAUGAUGGGGAACACAUUCUUCAUCAUGAGUAUUUCUUGUUGAAAAAGCAAUACGUUGAUGAGGACCAUACUUUAAGUUUUACCGUUCCAAUCUAUGAACCAUUGCCUCCUCAGUACUUCAUCCGUGUGGUGUCAGAUAAAUGGAUUGGGUCGCAGACUGUCUUGCCUGUUUCAUUUAGGCACCUUAUUUUACCAGAGAAAUACCCUCCGCCCACUGAGUUACUUGAUUUGCAGCCAUUACCAGUAACUGCAUUGAGGAAUCCGUCUUAUGAAUCACUAUACCAAGAAUUUAAGCACUUUAAUCCUGUCCAGACUCAAGUGUUCACAGUCUUGUACAACACAGAUGAUAAUGUAUUGGUUGCUGCACCAACUGGGAGUGGGAAGACUAUAUGUGCGGAAUUUGCAAUCAUGAGGAAUCAUCAAAAAGGUCCUGAUAAUGUUAUGAGGGCUGUCUACAUUGCUCCUGUAGAAGCUCUUGCAAAGGAACGCUAUAAUGACUGGAAGAAAAAAUUUGGGGAAGGUCUUGGUAUGAGAGUGGUUGAAUUAACUGGGGAAACUGCUGUGGAUCUUAAACUGUUGGAGAAAGGUCAGGUGAUAGUCAGCACCCCUGAUAAGUGGGAUGCUCUAUCACGCCGCUGGAAGCAGCGCAAACAAAUUCAACAAGUCAGUCUUUUCGUUGUUGACGAACUUCAUUUGAUUGGGGGUCAAGGUGGACCUAUCUUGGAAGUGAUAGUCUCUAGGAUGAGAUAUAUAGCAAGUCAAGUUGAAAAUAAGAUCAGAAUUGUUGCUCUAUCUACAUCUCUAGCAAAUGCCAAGGAUCUGGGUGAAUGGAUUGGUGCGACCUCUCAUGGUCUUUUCAAUUUCCCGCCUGGUGUCAGGCCAGUGCCCUUGGAAAUACACAUUCAGGGUGUCGACAUUGCUAAUUUUGAAGCCAGAAUGCAAGCAAUGACCAAGCCAACAUAUACAGCAAUCGUCCAACAUGCUAAAAAUGGGAAACCAGCCAUCGUGUAUGUUCCUACGAGGAAGCAUGCUCGUCUCACUGCUGUGGAUUUAAUGACAUACUCUAGUAUAGAGGGUGGAGAAAACCCCAUGUUUAUAUUACAGUCUGUAACAGAACUUGAGCCUUUUGUUGACAGAAUCAAAGAACCAAUGUUGCGUGAGACACUGCAGUAUGGUGUGGGAUAUUUACAUGAGGGAUUGAGUCCCACUGAUCAAGAUAUAGUAAGAACCCUAUUUGAAACUGGUUGGAUCCAAGUUUGUGUAAUGACUAGUUCAAUGUGCUGGGGAGUGCCAUUGCGUGCCCAUCUGGUAAUCAUUAUGGGAACUCAGUAUUAUGAUGGGAGGGAAAAUGCUCACAGUGACUAUCAAGUAACUGAUAUUCUCCAGAUGAUGGGUCAGGCUAGUCGUCCUCUUGUUGAUAACGCUGGGAAGUGUGUUAUUUUCUGCCAUGCACCACGAAAGGAAUACUACAAGAAGUUUUUGUAUGAAGCAUUCCCGGUGGAAAGCCACCUUCACCAUUUUCUGCACGAUAAUCUAAAUGCAGAGGUGGUGGUUCAAGUCAUUACAAGCAAGCAAGAUGCUGUGGAUUACCUCACGUGGACAUUCAUGUACAGGAGGCUUACCCAGAAUCCAAACUACUAUAAUCUUCAGGGUGUUAGUCAAAGGCAUCUCUCUGAUCACCUUUCGGAGCUUGUAGAGAACACACUCAGCGAUCUGGAAACAAGCAAGUGUGUUGCUAUAGAGGAUGAUUUGUAUCUUUCUCCUCUAAAUCUUGGGAUGAUAGCAUCAUAUUAUUAUAUUAGUUACACGACAAUUGAACGUUUCAGCUCUUCUUUGACUGUUAAAACAAAGUUGAAAGGUCUUUUGGAGAUUUUGGCAUCAGCUUCUGAAUAUGAAGAACUUCCGAUAAGGCCAGGAGAGGAAGAGCUGAUACGGAGGUUGAUAAACCAUCAGAGGUUCUCCUUUGAUAAUCCUAAAUGCACAGAUCCACAUGUAAAGGCAAAUGCUUUGCUACAAGCCCACUUUUCUAGGCAACAUGUUGGUGGGAACUUGGCUGCCGAUCAGAAAGAGGUUCUUCUUUCUGCCAGUAGGCUUCUUCAAGCGAUGGUUGACGUCAUCUCCAGCAACGGAUGGCUUAGCCUGGCUCUUCUUGCCAUGGAAGUGAGUCAGAUGGUGACACAAGGCAUGUGGGAGCGUGACUCGAUGCUACUACAGAUUCCAUACUUCACUAAGGAAUUGGCUAAAAGAUGUCAAGAGAAUCCUGGAGGAAGCAUAGAAACAGUGUUUGAUUUGGUGGAGAUGGACGAUGACCAGAGGCAGAAGCUGUUGGACAUGAGUGAUGCUCAGUUAAUUGAAAUUGCAAAGUUUUGCAAUCGGUUCCCAAACAUUGAUUUGACAUAUGAUAUACUCGACAAGGAAGACAUCAGGGCUGGGGAAGAGAUCAGUUUGCAGGUAACUCUAGAACGGGAUCUUGAGGGUAGGUCUGAAGUGGGACAUGUUGAUGCUCCUAGAUAUCCCAAAGCCAAGGAGGAAGGAUGGUGGCUGGUGGUUGGUGAUACAAAAAGUAAUCAGUUGCUUGCCAUCAAAAGGGUGCCCCUGCAGAGGAAGUCAAAGGUGAAGCUAGAUUUUGUUGCUCCCGCAGAAACAGGUAGCAAGAGCUACACCCUUUAUUUUAUGUGCGACUCUUACAUGGGCUGUGACCAGGAGUAUAUUUUCAGCAUUGAUGUAAAGGAUGCAGGUGAUCCAGAGGAUAACAUGAGAGAAUGAUUUGUUUUAGCCACUGAUACUUAUUACUCUGAGUAUUAAGGAUGCCAUUUGUUAUAAUGUUGCACUUUUUAUGUAGUUCUGCUGCUCUUAGACUUCUGUGUGCCUAGCUUAUGUUAAUUGGAUCACUGUCUUUCUCUAAAUAAAACAGUCUAUGCAUCACUUGUUUGUGUUA